CACGAUGCUUUCGCACCCUCCGUCUGUAGCCCCGAGCCAUAGCAAACUUAUUAACUUCACCCACCCAUCGCAACCUGAUCUCUCUUUUUGGCAUCGUCGCUUGUCGCAAUGGUCAACCACGGGCGCUCCGGAGGUUGCGUGACAUGCAAGCAACGCCGCGUUAAAUGUGACGAGGCGAAGCCCGACUGCCGAGCGUGCCAGCGCCUUAAGCUUCGCUGCGGAGGCUACAACAGGCCCAAGGAUGCUAAAUUAAAGUUCAAAGACCAGAACCACAGGUUCUGCACAAACAUCAACCAAGAUGUUAAUUCUCACAGCCGGGAGAUCGUGAGGGCCUUGACGUUGCGGCGGCUCCCUGAGCCUGACACCGCCGUGCAGUUCUAUCUCGGCCAUUACGCCAGCAUGGGCCGCGAUAUGAAAUCCACGCGCGGGUUUUUCGAACUGCUUCUUCCAGCCUAUUUCUCGGAGCCGGAAGGAUCGGCGCUCUCGCUCGCCGUGUCGGCGUUGGCUUCGGAGGUCUUGUCCAUGUGGCGGCAGGAUGCCAGCAGCUUUCGCUCACCACGAAACUCUUAUUCCCGGGCGAUCACACGCCUUCAGAAUGCGCUACAGGAUCCCAUAGAACGUGGCAAGCCGGCAACUGUGUUGGCUGUGCUGACGCUCCAGAUUUACGAGAAUGCCUCUGCGAUAUAUGAUCUUCGCCGGGUCUCAAGCACGCACCACAAUGGCGCAGCAUCUUUGCUCUCAUCUCUGGCCCCAAACAAUAUGGACAGGAUGGUGCGCGCCUACCUACGAAAGUUUAUGCUACAUACCGAAGUUUCGACCGCGAUACGUCAACAAAAGCCACUGGAGAGUAUCGCAUACUCAUGGAUUAGGAGCAAGGAUACGAUGGUUGUGCCAGAAAACCCCAGCUCAGCACUCGAUGCCAUUGGGGCGUCCGUUGCCGAAUUACAGGCCAGCUAUAUGCAGUUUGUGACACAGGGUGGCUCCAGGACGUCGUUGACCUGCGUUGUGAAGGAGUGGAUAGCCAAUGCAAAGAGAGUUGAUGCACAGCUUCUGGCGUGGGCGGAGAACGUACCGGAUUACUGGAGGCCGGUAAGGCUGAUAAGUGGUCGGGAUAUCGAUUCGUCCAUACCCACCUACCAGUCUAUCUGUGAGGUGUACCCGUCCUGCCAAAUUGCCAGUAUUUGGAAUCUCUGGCGCUUCCAACGCCUCCUGCUGGCCAAGAUCACACUCGGCUCCCUCAAUGUAUCCUCAGAUCUAGGUCGCUUGGGUUUCGCAUACGGCCAGUCCUUCGGUGACCCCACAGAUUUCGUCAACUCCCAACAAAGACUCCAAGAAGUGGUCGACAGCGUGUGCUACAGCAUACCCUUCUACCUUGGCAACCGAACCAGCCGGUCCAGUCUCACAGAUUUUACUGACCCAACGAUUUUGCUUCCCAGCCAUGAUUUAUUAACAGACGGGACACGACUGGACAGGGAUCGUCUCGACGCGGGCAUAUCGAGAGACGACCACAGGCGGCAUGUCAUUGCGCAGGGGCCAUGGCGCGCCAUGCAUCCGCUGAGCCGUUUGUUGACGCUCUGCUCGGAAGAUCACAGCAAGAUGAUAACGAGCCUUCUGAGGCCUGGACAGCGGGAGUGGAUCUGCAACCAGUUCCUGCGUGUUGCCACAUUACUGUAUCUUCCUUCGGAGUCGGGCAAUGACAUGGAGAGAUCAGAAUCAAUGGGAGGGUCUGCCGAUGCCCAGGCGGAAUAUCUGGCCAAGGAGAUUAGGAAGGGUGCAAUGCUUAUGACGGGGCCGUAAAGCUUGGAAUUUGAUUGAGCGAGAUCCAGUAUUGGCCACUCACUGGACCGUACUCCUCGUGAGAUAAGGUUAUAUCAUGGGACCUAGGCAUAACAGUACCAAUCGAGUCUAUACUUGAUCCGCUAAUACUACUAUACAGGGUGCUAAAGAUUCGAUAUGUCCAGUUAAUGAAAGUCAGAGAUUUAGGAUAGACAAUUGACAGACUUCCC